CGGGGAGACUCGGCCCCAAAAGCGGCGGCCAUUGGAGGUGGCUGCGGCAGCUGAUGUGGCCUCAUGGAUGAGCUGGUACAUGACUUAGCCUCAGCCUUGGAGCAGACAUCUGAGCAGAAUAAGCUUGGUGAGCUGUGGGAGGAGAUGGCCCUGAGCCCUCGCCAGCAGAGGCGGCAGCUUCGCAAACGGAGAGGCCGGAAGCGCCGUUCAGACUUCACUCACCUGGCAGAGCAUACCUGCUGCUACAGUGAGGCCUCUGAGUCCAGUCUCGAUGAGGCCAUUAAGGACUGUCGAGAAAUGGCCCCUGUUGCCAAUUUUAGUGACUCUGAUGACACGAUGGUAGCCAAACGGCACCCAGCUCUCAAUGCCAUGGUUAAAAGUAAGCAGCACUCUUGGCACGAAUCUGACUCCUUUACCGAAAAUGCACCAUGUCGACCGCUGCGGCGCCGGCGGAAGGUGAAGCGGGUGACAUCAGAGGUGGCUGCCAGCCUCCAGCAGAAGCUCAAGGUGUCAGAUUGGAGCUAUGAGAGAGGCUGCAGGUUCAAGUCUGCUAAGAAGCAGCGUCUGUCCCGCUGGAAGGAGAAUACUCCCUGGACCUCCUCAGGUCAUGGGUUGUGUGAGUCAGCAGAAAAUAGGACUUUCCUAAGCAAAACAGGAAGGAAAGAAAGGAUGGAGUGUGAAGCAGAUGAAGCAAAACAGGGCUCUGAUGAGAACAUGUCAGAAUGUGAAACCAGCAGUGUGUGUAGCAGCAGUGACACAGGGCUCUUUACCAACGAUGAAGGACGGCAAGGGGAUGAUGAGCAGAGUGAUUGGUUCUAUGAGGGAGAAUGUGUCCCAGGAUUCACUGUCCCUAAUCUUCUGCCGAAGUGGGCUCCUGAUCAUUGCCCUGAAGUAGAAAGAAUGGAUUCUGGACUGGAUAAACUUUCCGAUUCCACAUUCCUUUUACCUUCUCGACCAGCUCAAAGAGGGUACCAUGCCCGCUUGAAUCGUCUGCCUGGAGCUGCAGCUCGAUGCCUCAGAAAGGGCCGAAGAAGGCUUGUUGGGAAGGAGACCAGCAUAAGUACUGAGAGAAUAGGCCACAUCAUUAGUGACCCUCGGCAGAAGGAUUUCUGGUUACCGUCAGCUGGGAAAAGAGAACGAAAUCAGGUAAGAUCGCUUUUCUUUGUCAUCUUUAUUUUAUCAUUUGAUCUCCUUUUCUUUAGAAAGAAUAAAGCAUUGGCUUCUGAUUUUCCUCACAUUUCUGCUUGUGCACAUGAGUUUAAUCCCCUGUCUCCCCUUUACUCCUUGGAUGUUCUCACUGACGCUUCUCACCGAAGAUGUUCACCAGCACACUGCUCUGCCAGACAGGCAAACAUACACUUGGGACCCCCAUGUUCACGUGACAUCAAGAGGAAACGGAAACCUGUGGCCACAGCAUCUCUGUCCAGCCCAAAUGCAGUUCAUGUGGAUGUAGUGGAAACAACUACACCAGCAUCGCAGGUCCAGAAAUCUCCAAACCCUGAGUGGUUGGUCAGGACCUCUGCCGCAGAGAAAGCCACUGACUCAGCUGCAGCGACGUUUUUUAAAAUGCCACCAGAAAAGAGCCCUGGAUACAGCUAGAGAGUAGGAUUCCACCCACCAGGAGCUACUGGGUGUUGUGAAACGCAUCCCGGACGUGGUACCGCGGAUUCUUGCAUAUCGUAAUUGACAUUCCCAAUCCUUUCAUCGCCGGGGUGACCCUUCUUUCAAACAAAGCAGUGGACUCUUUCUCUUAGAAAAUCAUGUUGUGGAAAUCUGUUUUUGUUUUGUUCUGUUUUGUUUUUUUAAAGUUAGUAAAGUAUUGCAGCAGCAAUUUUUUUAAAAAAAGGUCAUCCUAUGCUAUAUUUGUUACAUUGCUGUCGUUGUCCCAACAGCCACCCUACAGUUCCUUUCACAGAGCUGUUGCUUUUUGCAGGUAUGUCUCUUUUCUUGAAAAACUAGUAACUCCUUUUGCAUACUUUACAUGUAUAGCUUUUAACAUCAUUUGAGGAAGUCCCAAAAUUGUAGCCAGUUCUAGACAGAUGUAAACACUGAGUUGAGACCUGUGUGUGGAAUUGUGUUUACAGGAGAUAGAGUUUGCCUUUGAGCCUGGUCUUGAUUCACUGAGAGUGCCAAUAAGCCAAAUUCACCAAGUUCUCAUUUGGGAGCCUCAGAGGAGACACCAGCAACACGGACAGUGGAAGCUUCUUCCAUUUUUCUGGAUGGCCUAAUGGGAUCUCCGGCAGCUGGACUAUACUUUGCCUCAUCUCCAGAGUUGGUGUUCUCCCGCAGGAGGAUAUGUACAUUCAUAAUAUAAUGAAGAAAUGGUUUCGUUGUUCAGCAAACUUAAAAUAGUCAGUGGAUUGUGUCUUAGUACUUCAUGUCACAGUAUAAGCUUUUAUGUAUGAAAUGGGACUUUUAUUGUUAGCUUAUAGGUCAAUAACCUGCAGCAGAAAUUCACACUCUAUUAUAAUAAUGGCUUCUCGGGGACAUACUUCGGGGAGAAAAAUGUCUUUUUGACACUCCUUUAUACUUGGCGUGUUUAUGACGGCUCAGCUGCAUGUGGAGUUAUAUAUACGGCCAUGCCUGAAGUUGGAUGCUACUUUGUCAAAAUGAGGAAUAAGUGACUGCCUGGAGCUGCUGGAGAAAAGCCACCCUUUCUAAAAAAGUAUUAUCCAGAGUGUCUGUCAUUUGUGGCCUGGUUGACAGAAGGGUUCUUUUUUGUACGAAUUGAGUACAUUUGCUCUGAAAUACAGAGAAACUGUUCUCUAAGUGCCCACUUCUCUGGUAACGUUCCAGAGGAACUCCCAGCCCUGCCCCUGGAUAUCUUCUGUGCUUGAAUUAGGUGCCGAGUGGGACAGAGCCUCCUAUCCCUGAAGUGCAGCUGUCCCUUUUCCUCACACACAAUGUGAGGGUCGGCUGCUCUGUCGUGUUCCCUUUAAAAAUGAUAGUCCUUACCUAUCCGUGCUAACUCCAGGAUUUCCUUGUUGAUGGGUGGGUGUGAAUCUAGUUGGAAGGGGGGACUUGAAGCUAAUUUAAAAUGGCACUUUCUUUAAGAGGGAGAACACGUCAAUUGUCCAUAACGAGGAGUCUGGUGGAGGGAGGGGCACAUGGAGAUUAUGAAGUGAGGAGAGGCAUUAAAGCCAAACCAGCAUCCCUGGGAGCCACCCCUAGUUCUCCUUUUGUCCAUUGGGGCUACAUCCAGAGCAGUAUAGAAAAUAAAAAUGCCUGUUGAAUAUAAAAUGGCACUACUAAAUUGUUUUAUUGAUGAAGGGGGGUUUUAUUGUCAUAUGUGCAUUCUUACCUAGUUCCCAUCAUGUCCUGAGACACAUUUCUAACAUAUUUGUUGGAUUCAAGGGGAAAAAAAUCCAUGGACAUAAUUUUAUUUUCUUUGCACUAAGCUCUGGCUCUUGCAGAGAUGGGUCCUGUGAUCAUGGCCUCUUCAGAUCUCCACAGUUCAGAUAGAAUCUUGUUGCCUGGCAACUCUCCUUUCUACCUGUGAUUACAAAUAAUUUAUAUAUAUGACUUUAUUUACAUUUUAAACAUCUCUAGGAUGAUGUACUGCUAUUUUAGAGAGACAAGAAUGGUCACAGAGUUUAGCGACUUGCCCAAAAGUCACAUGAUCAAGCCAAGACUAAAAUCCCAGACUUUCGGACUUCCUCUGCCCUGGGUUAUAAUCUUUUGUUUUUCCUUGGUAGACCUGAGUCACUCGGAGACCCAUAAUUUUGAAACAGUGUGUCAUGAAUGUUUAUCAUCUUUCUUGGGCAUGCUUUUCUACAUAUUUUGAAUACAUCCCAUGGGGAUUAUCCAAAAUGCCAUAUCUGCCUGUAAUAAGUGGGGAAGAAAAUUAAUUGCCUAAGAAAUAGCUAUUAAUACUUUGCAACACAGGGUUGUAAAUUGUGCUCCUCAUUUUAAGCUGCUGCAUGAGCAUGCUGACAGAAUUAUUAACCAACUUACUUUGCUUGUUUUCUAUAUGAGUCAAUUCCAGAGGAAUAACCUUGGAAUUGAGUGUUUUUUGAAUCAUAAAUUUUAAAUUUCUUUUUUAUAUAGCAAAGUGUAUGAUGUCAUACAUUGAGUAAAGUCUGUUACCUUUCAACAAAAGAUACAAUUUCAAAAUCAGGUUUUGUAGUCUCUUGAAGAAACUGAUAGCGUGACUUCCUUUGAGGAUAAUCAUUGAGCUCGUGUUUAUUUGAUCUGCCUAAAAGUAGUAACUGAAGCUGACUUCCACAGUUCUUACUUAUUUCGGCUUCUGAUUUAUCCUAGCUGGCUACACAGUCUGCCUGUCUGAAUCCUAAUCUUCUGUAUUUUCCACAAGGAGCAAAAGUCAAGACAUUAUUCACUUACAUGAGCAUCAAUCAUAGAAAUUAGUUUUGCUUAUGAGUUUAAGGGAAUUUGAGAUUAUUUUUCAGAUGCAGCAUUUUAAAGGGAACAAGUUCAUUUGCAUCAAAACUCUUGGGUUGCUUUUUGGUAAGAACCGUGCAGAAGAGGGAAUUAGCUGUUUACAUGGUGCCAAAUUUAGGAGAGGCAGAGUGUGAUCUUUAUUGAGUGGUGCGUGCUUGAUCAAUAAGGCACAUUUAACCUUGAAUUCUUUUGAAAUCAAAUGCAAUUGAAAAUUUUGUUUUGCUGGGCUGUGAAACAGGCUGCAAACAAGGCCAUUUUGGCAGCAAAAUGACCAAAAGCUGAAACAAAAUUUCUUGUUCCGUGAUACUUGUGGCAUCCUUUGCUAAUGAGUAAAGCUCCACACUGACGAUAGGUAAUUAAACUACUUAUGAAUCCCACAUAGAGGACUGUGAUCUGUCUUUGCAUUUCGGCAUCAGAAACGCAGUCUAGACCACAGCAUUGGAAGUUCUGGAGCCUCAGGAGCAGAGCCAGCACAGAGGUCACUUGGAGUUGAACAAGAGAAGGAGCUAGGCUCGCAGUGUCAUUGCUCAUGGGGUGGCCUCUCCACUUGGGCUCCGGGGGAUGUUUGAUUCAUUUCAGGUCUUUUCUUCAGUUUGGCUUCAUUACCAUGGUGUGGGCCAUAUACUUUGUGUUUCCCGGGGAGAAGGCUUUGUAGAAAUCUCAGCAUUAAGAGCCGCAGUCAGUGUUCUGUAGGUCCGGUGCACCUUCUGUGAGCCGGUGUGAGAACAGAGUGCUUACUCUAGUGGCUGUGGAUGCGGUCUGGUCCAGGGCACAGUUUACGGGAUAUGUCAUGAUUCACGGGGUGGCGGCAGGGAUGGUAAAAGCAGUUUGCUCUUGGUGUCAGCUGCUUCCUUUGUUAAUGCUUGAGCUGUCUUACUUGUCAGUAUUUCCUUAUCUCCUGCUCUGGUCGUGCCAGCUAGUAGAGUUACAGAUGGUGGCAGCAGUCAGGAUGGGUUCCUACCCCAUCAGGAAAUGGCACACAGGGAGAAGGUGAGGGAAUCGGUGGGUUCUGCUAUAGCGGCCCAGAGAUGCUUUCACGAAACUAUUAUUAAGAUCCCCAAACAGAUGAAUGUCAAAUGCCUGGAAACAGCAACAUCGGAAAGAAGCAAGGAAAAUGAAUGAUCCCGCUGAACAGUGUGGAUUGAAAGGUUCUUAACAAGUCCGGCAAGAUAAACUUAUGGCCAAAAGGAGAAAUUUUCCUGCCUCUGCAAAUAGACAUGAUAAACACUAAAAUUGCCAAGUUUUUGGGAUAGAAACUUUUCAAGUACAGUAUUGAAGAAUGAGGCAGAUCCCGAAGAUGUUGACCAGGGAAAGCAAUCUUGGCAAAGUCCAGAAAUGAGAAGGCAUGAGGAAGAGAAGGGGAGAUGCUUAGAGCAGGGGUGCUGGGGCUCCUUGACCACCAGCAGCAGCACAUACUUGUCCCCACCAGACCCACCCGAAUCGGAAACUGAGGGUGGGCCGGGCAGUCUCACAAGGCCUCCGGAGGACUCUGAUGCAUGCGGACAUUUGAGAACCACAGGCUUUGCUGUACCUAAGUGUUUUAAUAUAUUGGCAUCCCCCUAAGCUCUGAGGUGCACUUAUAUUUCCCUCCAUAAGUAUAGACAUGUUUUGUAUAUGAUUCUUUGCAGAAACUGUUAAUGUUUUUAUUUCCCAUACUUUUUCCCUAAAGCCCCUAAAAGAUCUGGAAAUGUUGAGAAAGAAUGAUGUGGAAAAAAUUGCCAUCAAGGCCAUAUUUAGAUGGAUGGAAACAGCCUUUAAAGUGGAUUAAAAUAUAACAAUGAAUUUUUAGUCUGUGAGUGAUAGUCAUUUUUCACAAUAGACAGUAAAACAUUUG